AUGUCCACAGAGUUCAGCUACACACCGAUCUCCGAACCGUCCAAUAUCCGUCUCAUCUAUCUAGAACCUGGACAUAAACAAGCCCAGCUACGGACCCAACUUGUGGAAGUAUCGCUCGACUCAGUCCCACAGUACGUCGCUUUGUCGUACGUCUGGGGUACUCAGGCGGCACAAAAACAUAUCCUGAUCGGCGAAACUGUCUUUCACGUCCGUCCAAACCUGUACAACGCUUUGAAGAGGCUUCGAGCAAAAGGCGUCUCAAUCGUUUGGGCGGAUGCCAUCUGCAUCAACCAGCAAGAUCGUGAUGAACGAUCUGCCCAGGUUGGGCUAAUGACGAGAAUAUACCGAUCAGCCGACAAGGUUAUGUUUUACCUGGGGGUGUGGCGAGCAUAUGAAAGUCAAGGGCUAGAACGCAUUUUAAUGGCCGUUUUGAGACAACCAUUCGCAUGCGGGACGGACUUUUACACGGCAAUUCAAGAGACACACCCACUCAACUAUAACGAUCAUGCCUGGAACUAUCUUCUGAAAAUGUUAAGACAUCCAUGGUUUAACCGCGUUUGGACGAUUCAGGAGAGCGUCAUUGCAAGACGCGGACGCUUCAUUUGCGGCGACAUGCAGAUUGAUCAACAGGCCUUCUUCGUUGCCAUUGCCUAUCUAUCGAAGGCCCCCGAUUUCUUAUCUAUGAUUGGGGGAAUUACGGGAUCAACCAAAGUAAGGCAUGCUGUGCAACAUUGCACGGCGCUCGCGAGUUGCCAAACCGUUACGACAGGCGUUACAGGACUAGGAAGCAUAACUGAUGUCCUUCUCAGACCAUUGCCGAUUUUCGACCUGAUGGUCAUGUUCAACACGGCUGCAGCUCGGGACUCACGAGAUUACUUAUUUGCUCUCGUCGGCAUCUCCCAGGAGGCUAACGAGAAAAGCCUCGAGCCGAACUACAGGCGUUCAAUUUCUGCCGUCUCCAUAGACUUGGCGAGAUACGAGGUCAGGGAAGGACGCGGUACUUCGCUGCUUUAUACUGCCUCCUUUCCAAGUGACGGUAGUGACUUGCCGUCCUGGGUCCCACGGCUGGGUCACCGACUACGACAUAGGCUUGCUUACAACAAAGAAAAAGGCUUUUGUUUCAGCAACAUUUUUUCGGCAUCAGGACGAUCUCGUUCGACUCCGAGCCUUGAGGGGGAUGACCUAGAUCUCCUUGUAGUCGAUGGCGAUACCUUUGACAGCAUAGAGAGCUUGGGCAAGGUUCGUGGGCAGCCUGUAAGACUACCCACCAACGGCGGGCUAAUGUACGGGGCUUGGGUGGAGUACAUGGCUGAGAUACUGGAAAUUCUGGAGACUUGCAAAAAGACCAUCUCUGGCGAGUCAGAGGUCACGACUUCGCUGCGCGUCGCAGUCUGCGACGGCUGGCAACAGAACGAGAAAGCAGACCCGAAGAAGCUGUUGCAUGGAUUACGCUACCUUGUAGCCGAUAUGCUUGAAUGCAUCCUGUCGCCGGUGGGACAAGUGGAAAUGGCUUCGCAAUGCAUAAUAGAUGAAGAGUUGUUCAAGGUGGUCGAGCAGAGUUUGAAGAGCCUGCAUCUAGUCGCCGGCAAAUUGCAUCGCAAUGGCACACCCCCGGCGAAGGUGAGGUCUUAUGGGCAGCACGCAACCGAUCUUGCAAACAUGUUGGUUCCACAACAACAGGUGUCUGGGCGUUUGAGCCGCACAACGAAAGGACGCAUAUGCUAUGUACCCGAAGACUCAGGUGUUGGGGAUCGACUAGCCAUACUGGAAGGAUGCGAGGUCCCCAUGGUUCUUCGACGCAGUGGACAACAUUACUGUAUCGUCGGUCCAUGCUACGUUCACGGAGUAAUGUAUGGUGAGAUCUGGCAAGGGGCUAGUAAACUUGAGAAGAUAUAUUUGGCAUGA